AUGCCCCAGAGGGCCUGCUGGUUCUUCCUCCUCCUGGGCCUCCUCUUCCUCCUCCCUUCUCUCCCGGCAGAAGCCACGACCCGGCGGAUUAUCCUCGACACGGACGUCGACACCGACGACAUCUUCGCCCUCCUCUACCUCCUGAAGCAGAACCGAUCUCUGAUCGACCUGCAGGUUUGCCCCUGUUCCUCCUCCCAGCCGUGGUUUCUUCCUCUACCGGUAUUAUCAUCAUCAUUAUUAUUAUUGUUCUCUCGCAGGGGGUUACCAUAAAUGUCAACGCGUGGACCGACGCCGGGCACGCAGUCAACCAGGUGUACGACGUUCUCCACAUGAUGGGUCGAGAUGACAUCCCCGUCGGCGUCGGAGGAGAAGGCGGGAUCUUGCCCAACGGCACCAUACGCUCCAAUGUCGGCGGUUAUCUCCCUCUGAUAGAGCAGGUGCUGCUGACGCGCUCAGGAUUGUUCCUCUCGAGUCCUCCGUUUCUCUGAAUUUGAUUAAUCCGGAGAGAAUUCCUUGCUCUGCUACUCUAAGCUCGUCCCACUAACAGACUCUUACAGCUUCUUCUUCUUCUUCUUCUUCUUCUUCUUCCGCCGGAAUUAUCGUCUGUUGCAGUCUUCUCUACGAUCAGCGUUCCUUGUUCUUGAGAACUCGACUUCCAUGUUGUGUGUACCAGGGAAUGUCAACCUUCGGAGACUGCCGUUACCGGCAAGCGAUUCCCUUAUCCUCUGGAGGACGUUUGGAUAUCAAUACUAAUUACGGCCUAAGAAGAGGCUUCCUUCCGCAGGUGAAUAAAUAGUUGCCAAGUGCAUAGAGCCACAUCAUUUUCCUCCCUUUUUCGGGUUAUAUUGCUGUAUUUUCUCUGGUUUGUGAUUAUUUCGAUGUAAAGCUGCUUUGACCUCCCUUUUUUUCUGCUUUGACCGCAGAUUCUGCCGUGUUCUUGCUAAAAUUUCUGACAUAUUUUUUUUUCAUUAAUGAAAUGUUGGUUCAAUAACAUGCUCGCAAGAUUUAUUUUUGGGUAUCAAUUAGCUUCUACAGAUUUUAUGACCGGGUUCUGGCUGAUGAACUCUGAAAGCAGGGCCACAGGAGAUAUUCUCCUCUGCGACAGCCCACCGCCCAGGAGGUCAUGACCAGGACGAUAUCGGCUGGGCCGACGACCGUGUUCAUCAUCGGAGCCCACACGAACUUCGCCGUCUUUCUCAUGAGCAAUCCCCAGCUGAAGAAGAACAUAGAGCACAUAUUCGUGAUGGGCGGCGGCGUGAGGUCGAAGAAUCCGACGGGCUGCUGCCCGAAGAACGCCAGCUCGGCCUGCACUCCUCAGCAGUGCGGCGAUCGCGGGAAUCUGUUCACCGCGUACACCAAUAAUCCGUAUGCCGAGUUCAACAUCUUCGGAGAUCCAUUCGCAGCUUACCAGGUGCCUGUAUCACUCGUUCCUGCGCCAAAAUCGGCAUUUCUGAGCUCAAAUUAAUUGUCCAUUUAUUUAUUUUUACUGCCGUUACUGGUGUUCAUGAGGAUGGGUUGGUGGGGGGGGGGUUGUAAAUAUCAUCAAUCAUUUGGUGGGUAGGAUGAUUUUCCAUAAAAAAUAAGAUCUUUAUGACUUUAUUGGCUUUUCCUUCUUCCCAAAGGAAUGGAAUUUGAUUCCCGCUGCGCCAAAUCAUCUCAUCGGACAGAGAGAAUCAUUCUUGUUGUCAAUUCUUUCCAGGUGUUCCAUUCUGGGAUUCCCAUCACCCUCGUCCCGCUCGACGCGACGAACACCAUCCCCAUUGGUGAGAGCUUCUUCGAGGCAUUUCAAAAGAACCAGGCCACCUAUGAGGCGCAGUACUGCUUCAAGUCUCUGAAAAUGGCGCGGGAUACCUGGUUCGAUGACCAGUUUUACUCGGUAAUGCCACCAAGAUCGCAGCUUUUUCGCGGAUAUAAUCUCUUCGCAGUAAUUUUCAUAAAGAUGGUUUGAAUAUGCUAACUCUCUGGAGGAUCUCUUCUUCUCGCAGAGUUAUUUCAUGUGGGACUCCUUCACUUCCGGCGUGGCGGUAUCGAUCAUGCUGAACGGACAAGGAAGCAACGGAGAGAACGAAUUCGCGGAGAUGGAGUUCAUCAACUUGACAGUGGUCACCUCCAAUGAACCCUACGGCGUCUACGAUGGCUCCAAUCCGUUCUUCGACGGCCGCGCGACUCCCAGAUUUGGACUGCAGAAGGGCGGAGUCCACAGCGGGCACGUUCAAACGGGGAUUCGAGAUCCAUUUUGCCUUCCCGACAACGGAGUCGGAAAAGGAAAAUGCCAGGUGUUUGAUUCUCCUUACGAUCUGAGAUAACGUCUUCCUCUUCUCGUUCUCGUUGUUGUUCUUCUUGUUCUCGUUGUUCUUCUUCUUGUUCUUCUGCGUUCAAAUCGUACAGACAGAUUUCCAGGGUAGCUGAUCGCCAUGCUCUGAAUUUCUACUGGUUCUGGGAUGGAACAGGACGGCUACACGAAAGAGAUCAGCGGUCCAGAGGGAGUGCGGGUACUCGUGGCGCAGAAAGCCAAGCCCAACAAAGACAAGGACAGCCCCCUCGACAGAGAGUACUUCAUAAGCUUCUUAGAGGUGAGCAUCUCUCUCCUUUCUGAUGAUUCAUUCAUCCCUCUUCCUAUCUCCCAGCUGCACGUAAUUCGGUCAAAAUGACCCCGAAGAUCUGUGAUUCCAUCAAUUUUACAGACAAACUACGUUGUCCGACAAGAAAUAAGCUCGGGAGAUUUCCCACUUCAAGUUUCAAUAUAUUCGAGCAAUCUGAUCUCGGAUUUUUCUUGUUCUGCGGGGAAAAAAAAAUGAAAAAAAAAUUCUAAUAUUUUCUUGAAUCAAAGCUCGCCUCACCACACAGCAAGAUCUUCCAACUUUUUUCAACAAGAGAUAAAGACGAUCAUCUCCAUGGCACGCAGGAUCUGAACCUUCCCAGCCAGUCUGGGCGCUUCAACCUCACCACACAGUUUCCUUGCUACAAGGAGAUCCUCUACAAGGCGGACCUGAGGGAUCGGAACUCGGGGAGACCCGUCGUCUUCGACAUGGACAUGAGCGCGGGAGAUUUUGUCUCUCUAAUCUACCUGCUGAAAAUUCCAGCGGAGAUAGUUGACCUCAAGGUCCGACUUUUUCUCAACAUCAAAUCCUCCCGCCGUCAUUUGGGUCGUAGAAUUUUCAACUUUUGAAGGCAUUUUUCUUCUCCAUCUCCUGGGUCAUCUUCAUCUUUAAAAAUAUUAUAUUUUUUUUACACCCCCACAGGGAAUACUCGUCACGGCCAACGGGUGGGCCACCGCAGCGACGAUCGACGUGAUCUACGACGUGCUGCACAUGAUGGGUCGCGACGAUAUUCCUGUGGGUCUGGGAAGUGUGUCUCCUCUGGAGAAGCCGUCCUACAGCUGCGAGUACGUCAGGCACAUCCCACAAGGAAGCGGGGGUGUUCUUGACGCCGAUACACUCUUCGGGCUCGCUCGCGAUCUUCCCCGAAGCCCCCGCAGGUACGGCCUUCCUUUUUUUUCUUUUCUUACUAGGAGUUUGAGUGAUCUUCUGGAAAUGGGGAAGAUCUCCUGCAACUGCAAAAAUAUAUGUCGCCAUCCUUGAGAUUUAUCUUCGUUUUUUUUUCUUCUUUUUCCUGAUGAAAAAUUGGUGGGCUGCUCAGGUACACGGCUGAGAAUUCUGUAAAAUACGGAGCCCCCAGAGACACCGAUCACCCAGAACUCAGACAGCCGCUGGCGACGGAAGUCUGGGAGUCGGUCUCGGAAGAGGUCUAUUCGAAGCUCGGGAAGAAGAUCACCGUACUGACUAACGGACCUCUGACUACCCUGGCCAACAUCAUUCGCUCAGAUAAGAAUGCAACCUCAAGAAUUCAGGUUGGCGGCUCAUUCGUUCAUCCUCCUCUCAUAACUCAGAAAGCCCGAGUUCACAGUCUCCUUCCUCAUUGGGCGGCGCCACUGGGCUGUGGAUGAUUGAGGGUUUCUCUCUCUACAGAGUGUUUUCAUCGUCGGCGGGCACAUCGUCGGGGACGACAAGAAGAGAGGAAACGUCUUCACAGUCCCUUCGAACAGAUACUCCGAGUUCAACUUCUUUCUCGACCCACUUGCCGCGGAGACCAUUGUGGAGUCAGGGCUCGAUGUCACGCUGAUUCCCCUCGGCGCCCAGAGGAAGGUUAACUCCUUCCCUUCGGCCUUGCGAGAAUUGGAGGCGGCCCACAGUACGCCCGAGCUGUCCUUCGUCCUCAGCUUACUGUCGACGAUGAACCAGCUACGGCAGAAGAGCCACAGAUACCGCCACGUGGUAAUCUCUGUUGACUUUCGAUGAUCCCCCCUCCCCCUUAUACGAGUAAAUAAGACAACAUCAGGGGUCUUUGAUAUCUCCUUCUCUUGCGGGUUAUGGGGUGGUUCUUGAGUUGACUAAUCACCACCGGAAUCCACUGCUUGCAGGAUACAUUCCUCGGCGAAGUCCUCGGUGCGGCGGUCGUAGCCGGUGAUCCCAUUCUCAGAGCGGUCCUGGAGACGAAGCCCGUGCGUGUCCUGGCAGGCGAUGAGAGCAAAGAUGGGCGAAUUUCGACCGUUGGAAUCGGCGGGAAGCCCGUAAAGAUACUGAAGAGCUUGGAUUCCCAAGGCUACUACGCCCACUUGGCAAGAACGAUGGGGGACAAGGAGCAGUCUGCGGUUAUCGGGAGCUUCAGCGAGCAGAGAAGGAGAUGGUCCAAGGGUCCCUGUGAGACCUGA